AAAAAGAUGGAAUUUUCUUGGAAUGUUGGAAUAUGGGUUCUGACAGCAAUUCUUGCUGUGAUUCCCAUAUGGGCACUGCAGAUUCUGAACUCUCUGUGGCUUAGGCCUAAGAGGUUGGAAAUGCUUCUAAGAGCGCAAGGUCUUCAUGGCGAUCCCUACACCCUUUCUCAUCACUCCUCCAAUCAUACCCAUAUGCAACAUCAAGAACCCUUCGCUCUCUCCAAUCAUGUUGCACCUCUUCUCUCCUCUUCUCUCUGUCACACUCUCUCCAAAUAUGGCAAAAACUGCUUUUUCUGGGAAGGUACAACACCAAAGGUGAUCAUCACAGACCUCGAACAAAUCAAAGAUGUCUUUAACAACAUCCAUGACUUCCAGAAACCGAAGUUAAGUGGCAAUGUCAAGGUCUUGGUCAAAGGUUUGAUAAGUUAUGAGGGUGAGAAAUGGGCUAAACAUCGAAGGAUCAUCAACCCUGCAUUCCACUUAGAAAAAUUAAAAAACAUGCUACCAGCAUUUUCUCAAAGCUGCCAUGAUAUGAUUAGCGCAUGGAAUGAAAUGCUGUCAUCGGAUGGAACGGGUGAAAUUGAUGUUUGGCCUUUCCUUCAGAAUUUGAGUCGUGAUGUAAUUUCUAGAACAGCGUUUGGAAGCAGAUAUGCAGAAGGAACAAAAAUAUUUGAACUUCUAAAAAUGCUGGGGUAUCUUUCCAUGAAAGCACAGCACAAGGGCAUACCAAUAUUGCGGCAUCUACCAUCAAGUGUCAACAAGAAGAUGAAAAAAAUUGAAAGAGAAAUGUGUGAUUCAAUUGAGGGUAUCAUUAAAAAGCGAGAGGAAAUUAUGAAGAAUGGAGAAAUCGCCAACGAUGAUUUGUUAAGCAAACUCUUGGAAUCAAAUCACAAUGAAAUCCAAGGACGAGGAAAUAGCAGGAAUGCUGGAAUGACAAAGCGAGAAGUAGUCGAAGAAUGCAAGCUAUUCUACUUGGCAGGGCAAGAGACCACUUCAUCUUUGCUGGUCUGGACAAUGGUGUUAUUAGGUAGGUUUCCUGAAUGGCAAGCAAGGGCAAGGGAGGAAGUUUUGCAAGUUUUCGGAAACCAAAAUCCAAACUUUCAUGGGUUAAGUCGCCUUAAAAUUGUAACCAUGAUUUUGUAUGAGGCUCUUAGGUUAUAUCCUCCAACAAUUUACUUUGUUCGAGCUCUUCAAAAGGAUAUGAAUCUUGGAUACCUAUCACUACCAGCCGGAGUAAGAGUUUCUAUACCAAUACUUUGUAUUCACCAAGAUCGUGAUAUUUGGGGUGAUGAUGCAAAGGAGUUCAAUCCUGAAAGGUUCUCUGAAGGAAUUGCAAAGGCAACAAAAGGCAAAGUUUCGUAUUUCCCAUUUGGAUGGGGUCCUAGAGUAUGUGUUGGUCAAAACUUUGCCUUGUUGGAAGCGAAGAUGGUGUUAUCAUUGCUUUUGCAAAAUUUCUCAUUUGUGCUAUCUCCUUCCUAUACACAUGCUCCUACUGCUUUGCUAAGUUUCCAGCCAAAACAUGGGGCGCAAAUCAUUUUCCAUAAACUCUGAUAUAUCAGUCAUAUGAAGAGGUACGCUUUGUGUAAUAUGUAAAAUAAUUGUCUUACUCCAAACUCAUAAAGUUAGAUCCUUCAAA